GGUUAUGAAAGUAACUCGAGUUAUUUUUUGAUAUCGAACUAACGUCACGUUAUCGUAAUUAACAUGGAUAUGCCACGUAUGGGAUAAAUUCAUACGUUAUAGAUUCUUCCUGAGUUCACUUUCAUAACCAUGGGCACAUGUAUAUAUAGAUUUUUUUUGUAAACAUUUUGAAAAACAAGUUCUGCUUGUCCAUGCUGGAUUUCUGGGUCUAGGUGCAUUUUUAUGAAACAUAUAUUUUCGUCCGCGUCGACGUCCACGACGAAGUGCUAAUUACCGACACGUUGAAGAAUUGGUGAGAUUUUAUUAUCGCGAAGGUUCCCUCCUCAUUUGUAGAUUUGUAAGCGAAGGCGGUAUCGACUCGAAGUGACCAUCAGGGAGGAGUACCGGAAAGUGAUCGAAAUUGUAACAUGACGGAGUACCGUUAAGUAAUUAAGUGCACCGACAUGAAAGCUGAAGUGUGGACUGGAAACGGUGAGAAGAUGUGACACCUUUUAAUCCCGACGACUGAGAUGCCUUUCCUUAUUUCCGCAAUCGCUCUCUUUAGGGGGAAGAGAGACUACGAAGGAGUUAAAUACUCGUGAAAAUUGAAGAGCCCCCUGAAGGACUCGGUAAACGCUUCGAAGAGUAUACGCUUCGAGGUGUUCCUCGUCAUCCUUGAAGACAUACCUUUCCUCGGUAAAAAGCGCGCAAAAACACGAAGAUGUGUGUCUGGGAACACACCUGGGUGUGUUCUCUUUUGCAGGAGUGUCUAAAAUGCCGCUUCUUAGCCGGCGGCCUCUCGAGCUCACCCUGAAGAGUCGUAACGUUUACUUAUCCACCUUGAAGAUCGCUAAGAAAAUCUACGAUUCUUGAAAGCGCAUUUUGUACCAAUAUUUCGUUGAGGAGUCCGGAUGAUAAGUGAGGAGACGCUAAAUCCGAUUUAUUAACGAAACAAACGACCAUUGGGAGAUUAAGGACCCCGACGCACCAAAAUCCUUCCACGAAGCCAAGUACUUCCUAGUGAACUAGAACGUAGGACUCUUCGGCAUCCGAGAGCCAAAACUCCUCGGUUAGGAAAGGUCCAGAACUUACAGUAGCCACAAUUAAUUUAUAAGCGAAACCGGAAACUCUUCCUAAGUUCAGCAAAUCCCCAACGGACUAAAACCCAUGACUGUGAAACCGAUAGUCGCUUCCAGGAGUCUCUUCGAGAAGAGACCGAGCCAAAAUCCAGGACUUCCAGGAGCUUGACCCAGCUCUUCGUGGUCCAGAAUAGGAACCUCCACUUGGGUCUUCCGAAAUCCGACUUACAAGGAAAUAAAAAGUGAUUAAAGGAUUAAGAACAUCGGACUCCCCCAAAAUCAGCCGAUCGAAGCUAUGUCAUGACUAGCAACGAUCCUGGGCACUUCUCGAAACAGGAGAAGAGCCCGAACGGCCUCGGAAGGACGGCUCGCUCGCAGAGCUCCUCCAUCGUCUUCAAGGACUCCAGCUUCUCGUCCUUGGCCCUGGACGUGUCCUACGCCUCCGAGGAUUCUUCGUUCCAGAGUCCUGGGACGUCCUCUAGGAAGGAUGGCACCUGGCGAGGUGGCAGGGACGAGGAGAGUGAUCCCGAAUUGUGGGAGGAUCAUGGGGUCGUCGACUAUCUCGAGGGGAGGAUGUAUCCUCCCGAUGAAAGCACCCCCGAGGAACGAGAGGACGCUCUUCGAGAGGUCCUGGCAGAAACCGACAUCCACGAGGGAGACGGCGACCUCUCGGACUUCCUUUUCCACGUCGCCAGGACGAAGUACGGCCGGAUCUACAUCAAAGUCAUCAGAACACUGCUUCUGAACAGAGUUCUAUGUAGCAACCGGGUGAGCCAAAUGACCAAAACCUAUAAUGAUAUAGAAGCAGUGACAAGGCUUCUGGAGGAGAAGGAGAAAGACUUGGAACUGACGGCGCGCAUCGGCAAGGAGUUGCUGUCGCACAAUCAGAAGCUCGAGACGAAUGUGAGCGCUUUAGAGACCGAGCUGAAGUCCGCCAACGAGAAGAUCACUCAGCUUAGCCACGAACUGAUCAAGAAGACCGAGCUUAUCCAGGUGCUCACCAACGAUGUCGACGAGUCCGGCUCGGAGGGUGGAACGCCCACCGGGAUGCGAGGCAUCAACCUGGACAUGAUGCAGAGGAGGAUCAGCUCCCUCGAGGAUGAGAACAAACAGCUGAGGACUGAAUUUAGCAAGCUGGUACAUGACGCCGACGAUUGCGAGGAACAGGAGGCCCGCCUCGUGAAGGACAUCGCUGCUCAACUCGCGAAUGCCAAUAUGGAGGUGGACGGGAUAGCGGAAGAGCUUGGGCGCCAGAAGGAGGAGAAUCGGUUGCAGCACGAACAGAUUGUCAGCCUGACUGCUAAAUUGGCCGAGACGGAGCUGAGGUUGGCACAACUGAUGGCGGAACAUGACGAAGUAGGAGCGACUCUAGUCAUUACCAGGGAUAACCAAAACACUCUUGCCACCGAGUUAGCGGAAUUCAAGGAUCGGUAUGCCGAGGUUGUUGCCUUGCUGGCGGAAACGCAGGAGCAGCUGAGGACUCAGAGGAAGAGAGGGUUGCCGAUUGUGCGUGGAGGAACUUUGUUCCCUUCGUUGAGCACAGUUGCACAACCCGAUUCCAUUGCCUCCGAGUUGGAAUCGUCACUCUAUUCCGAGCUCAGUUUGGAUUCUGGUAUUAGUACCGACAGAACACCAACAUAUAAGAAAGUCUUCGAGACGGUACGCAGUGCUUCUAGAACGUCGUAUGCAGGUACUGCGGAUGCGAAUCAGUUCCCGCGUUUAGGCAUGAUGACAACGUCGACCUUGUCGGGCGGAUCAGCUGGACCACGCAUGAGUUGCGGACCACUGCGACCUCGAGCAUCCUCUGGGUUCCCCAGUCUGGAUUCCACGGGUCAUAGCGAUAGCGAAGGUUCCCUUUUGACUGAUGGAGAGGAAUAUCCUGGACCUCAGCAAACUGGAGUACCUGGAGCGCCCGGAGCAGCUGACCUGGAAGCAGCAUUGCGUCGGUUAACGCCAGCAGAAGUGAUAGCUCGUCGCGCGUGUCUCAGUACGGGAGCAGGGUAUAAUUUUGACUACGACACCGGCAUCCAAACCCCUCCAACGUUCCUUCCAUUCGGCUGUCGCACUCCCGACAGCAUCAUGUCGACCGGCAGCAGCGGCAACCUGAGCGGAUUCAGCGCCAACAGCGGCAGCAACGGUUGGCGAAUACCCGAGAAGCUGCAAAUCAUCAAGCCCAUGGAAGGCUCCCAAACGCUGCAUCACUGGUCGCAGUUGGCCACUCCAACCUUAGGGGGGCUUCUGGAGGAAAGACCGGGAGUGAAGACUCGCGGAGGUCGUGGGCUGGAAGACCUAGGUUUGGAGACCUUCACCUUAGCAGACCUGGAAGAGGACGAGGAGUACGCGAACCCGGGGAAGCUCUUCCAAGACACUGGCUCGGUCUACACGUACACAAACAGCACGGUCAUGCACCCCGACGACCACACCUUGAUAACUCCCAGCGUCAGCGGCAGCAGAGUCGCGUCGGCUCCGAGCAGUCAGCUCAACUCCGGAAUGAACACCCCUCGAACCUUGAGUCGACGCAACUCCACCUCCACCUUUUCGACCACUUUGGGCCUUGCCAAAAUGCUGAACGAAAGGGGCAUCAAGGCCGUGACACCGUCUUGCGUGGCUACGCCGACCGGCGAGCGCAACUUCACCCCCACGGCCACACCUUGUAACAGUCCCGAUGGCAGUCCAACGCCGUCGAGGUCGACCUCUCCACCUCGAGACCGCGACUCGGGAGGCAGUCCCUUAUCUCUGAGUCUGUUCAGCAGCGGGGCCGAGCUUCUGAAGCGCACUUUCGGUAGCGAGGCGCCGGUGCAGAAACGCAAGCGCACGAAGCCGGCGUUGUCGCGGUCCGACAAGAAAGCUCUGACCGGCAUCAGGCUAGUAGAGAAGCUGGAGAGAAUCGGCAUCGACACCAUCAUGGCCACCACGUCGAGCUCGUCUAUGUCUCCUCUGGCUCUUCAGGGUGCCCUCUACACCAGGCGGUCCACGGACAGCCCGAUGACUCAGUUGACCUUCCUCAAGACCUCGAUAUCGUCCAGUAUUAGUCAGGAAAAGCUCGUUUCCCCGUCGUCAUCGUCCUCGGUCAGCGAGACGUCCUCGUCGAAGCCUCCCUUGCCGCCUGGUAAACAGAAGGCCGAGGGCAGAGACUCGGAUCUUGGAGUACCGAGUCGCCCUGGCUCGGGGGCCCUCAGCUCUAGAUUGGCUGCUCGUCAACGACGAUCGGGAGCUGGGGCCACGAGGCCGGACUUGGGACAGGUCAAGUCUGCUGUCUCCACUCCCGACACUAAAGAGACAACGACGCAGUCUGCACUCGGUACCAUUAGUUCGCUACUAUUCGGCCGCAAGGGAGGACUUCUUUAAUCGCGGAUGCUAGUCGUAAGUGUUAUCAAAGCCUUCCUUGUAGUCUGGUGCAAGUCGAUUCGCUUAGUUAACACUCGCUGUAUUUCGACUCUCUGGUUAUUAUGAAGACCCGGGAAAGGUGAAUGAUCGCAUAUCCAGGGAAGACACCAGAUUUUGCAAUUUAUACCGUCAUCUUGUUUCCUUCCGGAGACAAGGGAGGCUCUUGAUCCUAGAUGUCAUGACCUACGCUCACUUUGGUUCGGUUUGAAGCAAUCGGUUCAUGGUUCGGUUUCGAGUUCUUGGAUUGCCCUAAUGUGUUGAUCUAUUAUUAAAUGCACUGUGGCGUAUUUGCGUCCUGCGAAAACUUGUGCUUUUACCGUUGACGACGACGACGAUGAUGACACGAGAAUUCCUAACGUACAAGCGAAUAUACAAUGAUACGAUACCCAAGUACGAGCCCGGAAGGUGCGUUAUAUCCUUGGAGAGGGAAUACAUUUAUUCAUCUAAUUGCAGAUAAUUUUACAACACGUUGCCCUUGAAUGGUUAGACAUUUUAUACUUCUUUUUCCUCCCUUCGGUACAAACCAGGGUCCAUCACGAUCUUUUUGAUUUUAAUUCACAAAAUUCACACGUAUACAUUGCAAGUGUUUUAAAACAAAUUUAUAUAACGUCUGUUAUUUUCAUAAAUCUAUCGGACUUUCCAUGAAGCACGGAAUACUGCAGUCUUGCCUCGAUAGCAUUUCACUGAUGCUGCACGCACGGCUACAUAUUUACGUGAUUCAUUAAAAUACCUGGCCAUACUUCGGUAAACUUCGAUCGUCCUAAGGCGCUCGCAUGCCGUGAUAGUCCUAGUAAUAACAAGCAAAAACAGUUUUAUGGGUAUUCUAUUCAAUAUACGACUCGAAUCCUUUAAAAGUACCUCUUGAACCAUCGGGAUAUACCACCGUGUGUGCUCGAUGGGUCGUAGAGAAAGCAUUAACUUAGAUCGUUAACACGCUCAGGCUGCUAAUUGUACCUGCUCGCCAUCGAUUCACUGCAAACUCCAUCAGACCAUCUGGAAGAGGUUCCUCCUGCGUCAGGAACCACUGAAAUUACCCGAUGGAUUCUUCUUUAUUCACCGGAGGGGGAUGAACCUCUCCCAGAAAGGGUAAACCACUCUUAGCAGAAUCGUCAGAGGUAGAGAUCAUGUGUAGAAUUAGCAGCAACAAGGGCAAGAACGCGAUUGCGUCCUUUAUACGAAUUGCAGACCCACGAGGGUAACCAGGAAAGGAGAGCGGUGCACUGUAUAUAGAACUUGCAGUUAGUGCGAGAGAGAAAAUAAGACGUUAGUUUAAUAUAUAUAAAUAUAAACAUAUAUAUAUGGAUAUGUAUACUUGCGUGUUUCCCAAGACGUCGAGAUUGGGGAGCAGAGCUCAGGGAGGUGAACGGAGAACAGAAACCAACGGGGAUUGGGAACUCCGUGUUAUCGGGUUAUCGUUAUGGGAAAUAGUAAAUAUCGAGUCGACAGGGUUGGCGUAGAUUUUUACAGUUCAAUCAAAUUUAGUUAUUGGUUAGCCGAGAUUAUUUACUAUUUAUGUUGACAUAGACUCGCAUAAACGCUUCCGUGAGUAUUCCCGCGGGAGCGUGGAAAGUACCUUCAGAAGAGACCGGGGGAUUUUAAUUUUAAUCGAGCUGUAUAUUUUCGAGCAAGUCCCUGGAAAAGUCACUUUUCUUCAUCGGUUAUGAAUCUGUCAUCGACAUUUUUCAUAUCAAUAUCAUUUUUACUCGGAGUCGCGAACUCGAGGGAAAAUGUUACCGGGGAAGAAUUCUGACUUUGCGAUGAAUCUAAGUUUCUUUCGAUAUUUAUUGCUUACUUCUCGGAGAUAUCGACUCGAUUCUUGUCUCAAAUGUUUGUCCCGUUUAUUUAUUACCACUGCUGUUCCUUUUAAACCUCGAAGCCUCGCCAAUCUCGCGAGAAAGGGUGUGCACAAACGUCGAAACGAAUUUUAAUUUGGUGCUAAGUAUAUCCCUUUCGUCGGACUUAUUCAUGCUUCCACUUCAUUUUUUUUUAUUACGACUGCGUUCGAAGAAAAAAAAAGUUUGUGGCUUUCGUUGAAGUUUCAGUUCCUUGGCGAUUCUUGCGCAAUUACGGUGCGAUUCGCUGGUGCCGCUCUUUAGAGAAAGACCGCGCAUUUAGCAGAGGCAGCAUUUCAUUUUGCAAUUGUUUUUCUUUUAGCUCUUCCGAGUUUAUAUUUUUUUUUUUCCCCCCAUUUUAUUAUUCUUCUUCCUUGCAAUCUCGGAUGGAUUUUAUCGCGAUUACGUGUUCACGAGUAGUUUAUUAAUUAUUAUUUUUCGUCUAGGGGUAUAUAUAGACGCGUAUCGCGGAAGAGGUGCGCUUAAUAUUAGCUUUAACGUAGCCCCUGUACAUACCAUGUAUACAUAUAGGAAGUAGGUAAACGUUAAUUGACUUAAGUUCUUAAGAGAGAUAGACAGAAAAGCAAGGAAAAAGGUUUCCCCUCGUUGUUUCUGUUCUCUUGGGUCUCGAUUUACAUCCUUUCGUUAACUCGGCUUUAACGGGAGGCAACAAGCAUGAAUCGUUCCUGCGUUCCUUUAUGAAGUCGCAAUAGCGAAGCACGCAUGCAUUUUUAGAUCAUCGGUUGAUUACGAGUUCAUUUAGAACGGCCAAAGAAAGGACUACAGGGAACAGAACGGAAGCGAAUGGAUUACGCGAAUAGACAGAAAUCGGCGAUGCACGCCAUUUUUACUAUAUUUUUGUACCUCGUUUGUGCGAACUCGAAUUGUUUUCAUCGUGUGCGUAAUUGUUGGCGCUUGUCUCGGUAUACGAUUCAGGGUUUAUGUAUUCGAUUCAUCGAGUAACUGUAUUUGAUUCGUCGAAUAAAUUAACUGUUCGUUAUAUCUGUAUUAUUUGCGUCGGUUAAUGUUUACAGUAUAUUUAAUAUCAAUUUUGACGCACGCACAAAAUAUCAUAAAAUUGAUAUCGAAUUUUGCCAACGCUAUCAUGACACAUGUCCACUAGAUCAUACAGAAAGGCCAGCCUGUCGUUUAUUUACACUACCGGUACUAUUCAAGUAUUUAUUACAAACUUUUACCAACGAAUAUUUCCACAAAUUAUGCAGGAUGUUUAUUUACCAUUGUAUCUUACCUUUAUUUAUACAGUGUAUAUAGAACGCGAAUGAACAGUAGAGUUUAAAAAUUAUGCGAAUAACGGUGUAGGGACGACGGACAACGAUACCUAAGAAGGUGGAAUUAUAAACAAAGCUGAUAUUGAAGACGAUCGUUUUUUUUUUACCUGAGAUCGAGGACGCUUUGCUUUAGGGAUUUUACAUUGCGGCUUUAUAAAGGAACUCUUCUUACUCGACGUAACCACGGCGAAUUGCGUUUUACUGUACAUACGCCGAAGGCAAUGACAAUUGGUUACAAGAAUAGGAACGGAAUAAAAAUGGUGGUCGAGAGCAUGGCCUAGAAGCGACUUGGUUUCGGUUGAAAACCUGCUCCGUGUAGAUAAGUAAAUAACGAGCGGAACGAUGCGGGAACUCGUGCAUCCUGUGUAUCAUAAACUCCUAGAAUACACCGAUCACCUAAUGCGAGCGCUAGUUUACCGGUCGUGUACCGAAAUGUAACUAAAAGUGAUCGGGGAAAGCGGUGAGCAAGCGGGAGAGUUGCGUUUAUCUUGUUAUCAUCGACAACUAUGGUAUGUCCUUUUAGUGGUUUCGAGAGAGACGACGAUUUCAAAGACGAACCGGCAAAGCUUAUUCGUAUCGAAUUUCUUUUUUUUUUGACGAUUCUUCUAAAUUUUAUACUUAAUACCCUUAUUUUUUUAUUUCUACGCGGCUUCGGUACUUCGGAGCAUUCGGGAUUUCUCGUGGACACCCUUUUCUGUUGCGGGGUCUACGGCAGCGCCGUCAAGCCUUGGUGGCGGAAAUCCGAACUAGAAUGAAAAUUCGCAUGCGUUGGAUUGUUUCUUGUAAUGGUCGGAGCACUCGCGCCAAGAUGUGACUUCUAUAUUGGAAUAAUAACUCUUAAUCAUGGACAUACAUGCACGUCUGUUUUAUUUUCAAGUACAAUUAAAUCCUAUUAUCGAGGUUACUACUGUUUUGUUACAUACUCAGUGGAACGUUUUAACAUAUUUUUAAUAAUUAUUGUAAUUAGACAUAAGUCUAAUACCCACGUUUGACGGCAGCUAUUGUGCAUCUUUAGGUGACCUCAAGUUUGGAUGGAUUUAAAGAAAUUACGAAUUAUUUUGUAUUAUUAUUUUAUUUUUACGAUUUCAUUUUAAUGCACGGUCUUUGUGGAGUGAAUGUUAAAUACAAUUUCUGACGUAGGAGCUACUUUUGCCUUGGCUUAUGGUGGACCGACCAUUACAUGCGUCGAUUAUGUAUCGCGAAUUAAUUGCGAUGAUUGCAUGAAAGGUGCGGUGGUACUUAAGAGACCUUCGUUUGUCACGACCCUUGCAGGGAAGCUUCAUUCGGUGUAAAUCGUAUCCGACAUGCCUUAUCGAGAAUAAGAAUAUGGUCUCGAUAAUACACUGCUGAUAGUGUUGUCAUAAUAAGGAAAGUCACGGAAUAAUGAAAUACCCAUGCGCGUUAAGUCUGAUUUAUUUCUCGAUUAUUCUAUCGUUAUAUAUUAUAGAUAAUAUUAAUAAAAGAUCGAUUAACGCACUACAGUGCAUUUUGCUGCGAACAGUAUUUUUAUUUAAUAAUCUAUGGUGUUAUUAAACACAUGACAAAUUAUUUAUUGUUUGUUUAUUUCUGGAUUCAUUUUUACCUUAAUGAUCUUUAUUCAUUUGCCUUAUUGCCGCGAUUCGACAGAAUAGGCGGAACUGUAUUGCAGCGCAUUGUCCACUUUUUUCUUUGUACAGUUGUCCGCUUUUUUCAUCUAUGAUUUUCACUUCCGUUAAGUAUUGCAAUUUAUAUACAACAGGGCUUCGUGAAUUAUUUUCCUUACUUUGGCAGCACUUUCAGGAUCUUCGCAAUCUAAUGCUGGGCUCUUUUUCGUAUAUUCUCGACGUGUACGUCGACGCGCAGACAGACCCUUUGUUACCGCGAGUCAUUCGGAUGACGUUUACGCAGUUUUCGGACAACUGGUGUAGCGAUGUUUCAUGCGAUAUAUCAUAAACAAAAUUGAACAAUAAAUAUAUUUAAAUAAAA